CACUGAUGAUCAGUGUGCCCUGAUGAUCAGUGUAGCCCCAGCAGUGCCACCUGUCAGUCAGUGCCCCGUGUCAGUGCCCAUCAGUGCCUACCAAUGCACAUCAAUGCCAAAUAUCAGUGCCCAUCUGAGCUGCCUUUCAGUGUCACCCAUCAGUGCCAGUCAGUGCCAAUAUCAAUGCCAAUCAGUGCCACCUAUCAGUGCUGCCAAUCAGUGCCUGUCAGUGCCGCCUAACAGUGCCCAUCAGUGAUGCCUGUCAAUGCUCAUCAGUGCCACCUACCAGUGCCCCCUCAUCAGUGCAGCCUAUCAGUGCCCAUCACUGCAGCCUCAUUAGCGCACAUCAGUGAAGGAGAAAAAUCACUUAUUUACAAAAUUUUAAAA